CAUAAAGAAGUUAAUACGUAUCAAGAUUUUUUAGAAUUAUACAAUACAACUAACAAAUAUAAGCCUUCAACAAAUCUUAAACAUAAUAGUAAAAUUAAAGAAUUUCACGAUCACGAUCAUGGAUAUGAUAAAAUAGAAGUAUAUAAAGAAGAAAUAACAGAAAAAGGACAUGAUGCACCAGUAACUAAAGCUAAAAUGCCACUUCGAUAUUCUUAUUUUGAUGAAGAGAGGACGAUUUUUUAUUUAGUAGAUUAUUUUUCCUGUCAUUAUGUGAUAUCUAAACAAAUAGAUAAACACAAAAUGAAUGAAUUUAUUAAUUAUAAUACUCAAUGGGUGAAACUUGAAAAUUUAUCAAACUCUAAUAAUUAG